CCUUGAACCUCUUGACUUUUUUUCUUCCUCCCCCCUCCUCGUCGUCACCUUGGUCGUCGCACAGUUUGGAAUGCCGGAACCUUUCGAGGGUCCCGAGAAGCUCCUCGAACUCUGGUUCGAGCCUAGCGAGACAGAAAUACAAGGCGGUCUCCGCGGCGUCCCAAGGGAGUCUUGGGAGGAGAUGCUCGACAUCGUCCGCUGCAAGGUCCUCAGCGUAGUCAACGGCGAGGAUCACGACGCAUACCUUCUCAGCGAGUCUUCCCUCUUCGUCGCAUCGCACAAGCUCAUUCUCAAGACCUGCGGAACGACCCUCAACCUUCUCGGACUUCCACGAAUCAUCGAGAUCGCAGCCCAGCAAGCAGGUCUUCCCAUCGUGCACAGAUGUUUCUACUCUCGGAAAUCUUUCAUGUUUCCGGAUCGCCAACAAGGCCCUCACAGGGACUGGAAGGAAGAGGUCGAAUUCCUCGACAAGAUAUUUUCAAACGGAGCAGCGUACACCGUCGGAAAAAUGAACGGAGACCAUUGGCUCCUCUAUCUUACCGACCCAGACGAACUCUUAUCUCCCAGUCCCAUCUCCGAGAAGCCCUCUCAAAGUCUAAACGGCGACAGCCCAAACUCACCCGUCCAUCUCGACUAUACCAUAGAAAUCCUCAUGAGCGGCCUCUCUCCGACAGCCCGCGAACACUUCUUCCUCCCCGAAGACGUGGAAUCCGAGGACCCCCAACUAGCAUCCGCUCAUGGCCUCAAACUCUCUGAGAAAAUUGGAAUUUCCGACAUCUUCCCUUCUCACCUCACCACUCUCGACGCCUAUUCCUUCACUCCUUGCGGGUACUCUUCCAACGCCUUGAUCAAGUGGGGGGAGGAUUCACUCAACUCGGAGGACCAUCCAUUGGCACGGCAAUCGGGAGAGGGGUACUAUACGAUUCACGUUACACCCGAAGCAGGUUGGUCGUACGCCAGCUUUGAAUGCAACGUUCCCCUUUCUGUAGGCCAAAGCACAGAGUCCAAGAUCAUCCCAGACCUCCAAUCGCUCAUCAAGCGAGUGGUUUCAAUCUUCCAACCGAACCGACUCACCCUCACCCUCUUCAUCUCAAGCGCGGACAGUGGCGACUCUGUUGAACUGGCUCAACGCGACUUCAAACGUGCACUCGACGACCUCCCCGAAAGCGCUUUUGGAUAUCCACUCAAAGGACCGCCCAGACGCUACAGACGCACGGACAAAAUCAAUUACGAAUUCGGAGGGUACGAUCUCGCGUUCGCCAGCUUCGAACUCAAGUAAAAAAUUCCAUGUCGUCACAAUCUAGAGUCUAGACCGGCUAUGUAUACUACCUUUUCCUUACCUAUCGUGUACCAUCACUCUUAUAAACCACG